AUGAAUAUAUUGGAUUGCACUGCAAACGAUAUGGAUAUCGUUUGGACUACCAUGAAAAAAAGAGAAAGAAAGAAGGUUGGGAGGCCCAUGAACGUUCAAAGAAAGCAAAAAAAAAAAAAAAAAAAAAAAAAGAUUGGCCUGAAGGCUAAGCUCUACCAUAAACAGUGCCAUGAUGAGAAAAUACAAAUGAAAAAGACCAUUAAGACACAUGAAAAGAGAAACACCAAGCAGAAGGAUGCUGAGAAUACUCCACAGGGAGCUGUCCCUGCCUACCUGCUGGACAGAGAGGGGCAGUCAAGAGCAAAAGUACUUUCCAACAUGAUUAAGCAGAAAUGGAAAGAAAAGGCGGGAAAAUGGGAGGUCCCUCUACCCAAAGUUCGUGCCCAAGGAGAAACAGAAGUAUUGAAAGUUAUUCCAACAGGAAAAAGAAGAAAGAAGGCAUGGAAGAGAAUGGUUACAAAAGUCUGCCUUGUUAGUGAUGGUUCACCUAAAUAUGAAAGGUUCAUUGGGCCAAUGGAUCUACGUUCCAAAAAAGCCCAUGUCACACCCCCUGAGCUGAAAGCUACCUUUUGCCUGCCUAUACUCGGUGUGAGAAGGAAUCCCUCCUCCCCAUUAUAUACAACCCUGGGUGUGAUCACCAAAGGGACAGUCAUAGAAGUGAAUGUGAAAGAACUGGGUCUUGUGACACAAGGAGGCAAGGUGAUUUGA